AUGUCUUUUCCUGGUGAUAAUAAUCAUGAAUCUAAUUCUGAAUAUUUUGAUGAUUCUUUACAAUCUUAUUACGAAAACGUACCUACUAAUGACUACAAUGUUGAUGAACAACCAUCCGUUGCGCAAUAUUAUCAAAAAUCUUCGCAACAUGAACGUAUUCAACCAAAUGACAUACCCACAUCAACCAUAACACCCGCGUCACCAUAUAAUGCUAGUGCGGAAAUUCUUAUUCCAAAAAUUUCUAGGAGAAUUGAUUCCUCUCAGAAUCAAAUUCUUAAAAUCGAAUUGGAAAUUGUUAUUAAAUUACAAAAUGAUCAAAAUCAACAAAAGGCUCAAUAUGUUCAUUCUUCGGCUUUGCCGAAAAAUCGUGCAAAUAGAAUGAAUCCUUAUCGGAAACCGACUGAACAGAAUUUUAGAAAUAAGAACAGUGGUAGUACCCAUUCUUACUCUUCCUCAUCAGUACCACAACUAAAUAGAAGUUCUGCUAUUUAUAUGCAGAAUAUCGAUAAUAAUCGUGCACCUCAAUCUCAAUUUCAACCAAAUGAAGAUUUGAACGAAUCUUUUAGCAAUAAUUAUAAUAAUACCUUUUACGAUUAA